AUGGCACAAGAUUUGGAUCUGUGUCUCCGAAUUGAUGAACCUGGCCAACCUACUCUUGAAAGUUCGGAAGCUGAAAGGGCUCUUUAUGAGAAUUGGGAGCGUUCCAACCAUUUAAGUCUCAUGAUCAUCAAAAGCAAGAUUGCAAAACAUAUACGAAAGUCAAUUCCAGAAUCAACGAGGGCACGUGAGUUUCUGGCUUCAGUUGGGCAACAAUUUUUGGCAACUGAUAAAGCCUUGGCAGGAACGCUUAUGGCAACCUUGACUACUAAAAGGUAUGAUGGAGUAAGUGAUGUACGUGAACACAUUAUGGAAAUGAACAAUUUGGCUAAACAACUUAAGACAAUGGACAUCACUAUUUUCGAGUCCUUUUUGGUACAAUUUAUUCUCAAUUCUCUUCCUCCUCAAUUUGGUCCAUUUAAGAUUACCUACAACACUCAAAAGGAUAAGUGGACCAUGAAUGAACUUAUCUCUAUGUGUGUACAAGAGGAGGAGAGAUUAAAGCGAGAAGGAUUGCAAACGGUCCAUUUGGUAUCACAAGGUCAUUCUGGAAAAAGACCAAGAAAGAAUAAAAGGAAGAGUUGA